AAUCAGCUGUUCAUAUUUGUAUACGCGUAAAUUGCAGAGAUUUGUCAAAAAAUUGCUAAUUGAACAUGUAAAUUUGGGCGUGUGGAUCAAAAUCAAUUCGUUUUUUUUUUUUUUGUUGUGUUUGGAUAACAGAGCAGGCGGAGGAGGAGGGAAGGAGCAUGUACUUCCCAGUGGGCUGGCCUAAGCGGGUUUCUCUGGCCCUGCCUGGAGAGACUGCCAAUAUACGUCACAUUUGCUGUGAUGCUGUUAAAAUACUCGUGGCCGCUGUUGGUGAUGAUUUUCUAGGAAUUUGGUAUGCCAAUCCAUUGAUACCCAUCAGCUAUUAUCAACGAACUGAGCAAUCUUUGACGGAAUACGGCAAAAAUCAGUUAAUUAUAUGGAAACCGGACUCAAGACAGGUGGCUAUAUUAACCCACAAGGGAGCCCUACUUUUAUAUCAAUUGGACUAUGAGGAGAAUGGCAAUGGCAUUCUUAUGCAAGUGGAUCCACCAGCCGCCAGUUUGAAACGAGACUCGGCGGAGUUGUUCAUUAAGGAGAACAUACCGAGGUUAAGCCUGCGGGAGUUGUGCAGCGUUAGCCUUGGCUCGAUUAUAAGUACUGUAUGUUGUAUUAGUCUAAGCGAACUACUUCUGGCCACACAUUCCUGUGAGCUACUGCGUCUGCAAUGGUCACAGUUGGAGAUUAAUGCCUCGGAGGGAGAAUUGGAGUUGCCCGCCUUGUCUUCCAUUAAGCUGCGGGAUAUACCCUUCUAUGUGCAACAACAGCAGCUGGCUCCAGCUAAAAAUAUCCCUCCACUAGGAAAUGAUUCGUUUGUCUCCUCGCUGGAAUACUCACCCUUCAUAGGAGGUUGUGCCGCUGUGUUCAGUGAUCGAAGAGCUGCAUUUUUAAUUGCCAAUCAUUUGAGAUUCGAAACGGAUCACAUGCACGGAUGUUGGGUGCCCGAGGUGUCCGAUGCAAGUGUUUGCAGUGUGAAUCAUAAAUUUCGUCUACUCGCCUAUGGUCAGGAGAGUUCCGCUGUAAAUGUCUAUGCCAUAGAUGAUGCUACGGGAGGAUUGGAAUUCUCGCAUCGCUUGAUGUUAACAGAAAAUGUCCUACCCGGAAGUCUAGGAGCUGUUAAUGAAUUAAAAUGGAGUCCAGAUGGUUGUGUAUUGGCUGUGAGCUGGUCCCGCGGAGGCUUAUCUCUAUGGAGCACUUUUGGAGCUCUGCUAAUGUCUACAUUGAGUUGGGACUUCGGACUGAAUGUCGAUCUAAUGAAGCAGAAUCCAUUGCAAUUACGUAGAUUGGAAUGGUCCACCGAGGGCUAUCAAUUAUUUAUGAUAACGAAAGAGAAGGAAAAUAUGGAGAACAAGGAAAGCAAUGUCCUACAAUUACAAUUUGUGAAGAGUUGCUUGAGCAUGAAUCCGUGCAUGACCAGCAAUCCUCACAUUUUGCUACAAGGCGACGAUUGUCUUUAUAUCAAUCAAGGCAAUAAUCUCGAACAGACUUUCGGAGGACAAAAAUCCACAUUCCCCCAGAGUGGGGGCAAAGAAAAGGAGGAGGAAAGUGAAUGCCUGGAACUAAAGCAGAAUUCCAUAGAUAUGGGCAGCAUUUUAACAGAGAGUAAAUAUUGGUCUCUUUUGCAAUUACCUCUCAAUUAUGCAGCCACCAAUUGGCCCAUACGAUAUGCAGCCAUCGAUAAGGAUGGCAUUCACUUGGCUGUGGCUGGUCGAACAGGAUUGGCCCAUUAUUCCCUUAUUACCAGGAAAUGGAAGCUAUUUGGUAACGAAUCACAAGAGAAGGAUUUCGUUGUCUCUGGCGGUUUACUUUGGUGGCAAGGAUUCAUUGUGAUGGGCUGCUACUCUUUGCUGGAUAGAACCGAUGAGCUACGCUGUUAUCCCGCUGAUUGUAAGCUGGACAAUCAGUUUGGGCAUAAGCUUCAGGUACGGGCCCCAGUCAUCAGUCUUAAUUCAUUUCGUCAUCAGUUGAUUGUGCUAACAGCCGAUGGCAUUGUUAGCCUCUUCAAGAUGACAAAGAAAUCGGCAUAUGCCAUAGAUAUUGAGUGUUGCUAUGAGCUCGAUGUGAAGAGCAUCUGCAUACAUCCGGCCUGUAUUGUUAGUUUGACUGUAACGAAUCUAAAGAACGAAAUGAAACCUCUGGGCAAUCACUUGGAGCAAGCGGAAACUAUUAUUGUCAAUGUAUGUGGACGUAUCCUAAUGAUACAGCGUGACUUUAAUGAGAAUCUACCCAAUACUUUGCUCGCCACCUGCCUGGCCAGUUGUGUUGAAAGUUUUUGGCUCUCGAAUACCUUGGAGCGCUGUGCUAUGAGAGAUUGCCUCUGGCUGUAUUCCGGAGCACAUGGCAUGAGAGUUUGGCUACCGAUUUUACCACCCAAUCAGGAGAGAAAAGAUUUGGGCAAUUCACAGCGUUUACAUAGUUUCAUGUCCAAGCGGAUUAUGCUGGGUUUCCCACUAAAAUUGUAUCCCUUGGUCAUACUCUUCGAUAAUGUCAUUGUGCUGGGCGUGGAAAAUGAGAGCACUUUGUAUACCAAUGAAUCUUCAUCACAUUUCUCAUUGCCAUUUGCCAUAAUGGAAAGGAAAUCACAGAUUUAUUUGCAUAAGGUAUUGAGGCAAUUGAUUAAAAGGAAUUUGGGCUAUUCCGCAUGGGAAAUUGCCCAAUCGUGUCGUUCUUUACCAUAUUUUCCACACGCUUUGGAGCUACUGCUCCACGAAGUGCUCGAAGAGGAGGCGACUAGCAAGCAACCUAUACCAGAUGCCCAAUUGCCAAGUAUUUUGGAUUUCAUACGUGAAUUCCCCGUGUACUUGGAGACGAUUGUGCAAUGUGCGAGGAAAACGGAAAUUGCCCUGUGGCCCUAUCUCUUCUCGAUGGCUGGCAAGCCAAAGGAACUCUUUCAAUUGUGUCUGCAAUCGGAGCAAUUGGAUACGGCAGCCAGUUAUUUAAUUAUACUCCAGAAUCUAGAACCGUCUGUGGUUAGUAAGCAAUAUGCUACAAUGUUAUUGGAUAUUGCGUUGCAGCAGAGGAAAUGGGAGCUGGCCAAGGAUUUGAUACGUUUCCUCAAGGCCAUAGAUCCCAAUGAGAUCGAUUCACCGCGCUCAUCGAUGGUCGUCAAUGUGAAAAUUGCUCCACCGCAGCAGGUGAAUACCCAACAGCAGGUCAAUCAAAAUGCAGAUGCCUUUAAUUUGGUCCUUGGACCCAUUGCCAGAGAGAGAAGCUAUUCGACAACUGUGACAAGUAAUUUACCCAAGGAUAAACACAGCGGAGGAGCAUCUGGUCCAGGUGGUGUGGGUACGGCAGCCAGUGUGGCUGUUUCACCCACCGAAACGAGCAGUUCGGGUGCACCGACCAUAGCCAGGCGACGAUCAACGAAACAAAAGGAAACAUUCUGCAUCGAUUUGAUACUCCAGCGUCAUGCCCGGCAAUUGCUGCAGCAUCAUAAACUUUUGGAUUUGGGUUAUAUGUGUGCCUAUUUGGAUUUCCAUUUGGUUACCUGGCUGUCACAGGAGGCGGAGAAGGCAGCCAAAUUGGAUGAUUUCGCCGUGGCAUUGCAGGCUCUGCACGAGGAGCUCCAAUUGCCAUGUCCAUUCCCGCAGCCAAUUAAAGAUGAUUUCGCUCAGCUGAGAGAAACACGUCGUGGCGGGUCAUCGCAAACCUCCGAAUCGGGCUAUUUCAGUCUAGCCACACCCAAUGGGGCUCUAACGCAAUCGCCUCAAAUGCAGCCAAGCAUCAAGGAGGAGCAGGAGGAUGACCAACCCAGUUCGUUGCCCAUUCUGAAGAUGCGUUCCAGCUCGCAGUUGUCAUUUGAUAACUUCCGCUAUCGUCGCCUGUAUUCGUUGCCUGCGUCGGAGGAUGACCUGGUCAGUAAUCCAUUGCCCGAGAAACUUUCCAUUAAGCUGAGAUACUUACUGCAACUCUUCAUCGAAGCCAAUUGCACCGAUUAUGCCUUGAUAUUGUCCAUCGUACUCCAUGAUGCUGCCUCAAUAUCUCGGAUUGUAAAUGUGAUUAUACGCAGUGAAUCGGUUCAUUUGUGCAAACGCAUUGAAUCCGCCCUCAAGCAGUUGAGUCAAUGUACUUUCGAGCAUAAUGCCUCGGUCUAUAGGGGAUUUGUGAUGACCCUGCAACCGCAUAUUUAUUUACUCGAACAGUAUAUACAAUCUCUGGGAGAUCAAUCCAAUAAUCCCUCGCAUGAUUUAAACUGCUCCGAUGGCAAUAAUUCAGUUGCCGAUUCAUCGUCAGUGUUGGAAAACGAUGAUAUGAACAAUUUUGUGCCAAAAUCACAGCAAAGUGCGGGUGGUCCUGGUGGUGGUAGUGGUCAUGGUGGUGGUGGUAAUGGUGGUGUAUUAGGAGGAGGAGGCGCCGGCGGAGGUGCUGGCAAAGCCGAACUAAAGCCGAAUCAUCAUCAGCGUUUAACGCGUCAUGCCAGCCUUGAAUCGAAUGGUACUGGUGGUCAGCCUGGACAUGGACAUGCCACUUCAUUGAUGACCCCACAAAUGGCACCCAAACACCAUCAUCAAGUACAGUCGUCCCAAGCAAUUAAGGAUCGAGAGGGUUGUAGCCUCAUGUAAAUUCGCAUACUCAAAUUAAGUACGUAAAAUGUUGGCCCCACAUGCAAAAAUUAAAUGUAGUGAUGUGUGAAUUGUUUUCUGUUGCCUGUCCCGCCCCCCUUCCCCUCACCAUCCCGUCAAAAUUUAUUGUUAAAUGUCGUUAAACACACACACACACAAACACACCCAUCUACAUGUGGGAAAGGAAACAUACACAACGAAAAUUUUUGUCGUCGCCAAAAACAAAAUUCAAACAAAUAAAACAAAUACUUUGUAUAAUACAU